UUCCUUUGAGCCGAGGGUUUAUCGGAAACAACUUCUCUUCCCCACAAAGGUAGGGGUAAGGUCUACGUACAUCCUAUCCUCCCCAGACCCCACUUGUGGGAUUACACUGGGUAUAUUGUUGUUGUACAGAAUAGUUAAAGUUCAUAUGGGAACUGUUCAAAUUUUUCUACAGAAGAAUGAGGCAGGAGACGAGAAAUGGCGUGGAUCAGUUGGAAGCUUAGUGGAGGCUCCAAUCGACCAAGUGUGGAACUUAGUAUCACAAAGUAGUAGACUAUCUGAAUGGAUGCCAGUGGUGGAAAGAUGCACUGAUUUAGGUGGAGAAGAAGGAUUUCCAGGCUACGUUCGCCUAGUUUCUGGUUUCAUGUUCCCCCAAAACGACGGAGACAGGUCGUGGAUCAAGGAAAGGCUAGUUUCUAUGGACACUUCAUCACAUAGUUAUGUUUACAAAAUGGAAGCAAGCAAUGUAGGUCUCGAUGGAUCGACGAAUUCACUAACCCUCUUUGAUUAUGAAGAUAAUACAACUCUUGUCAACUGGACUUUUGAAAUAAAUCCACUGGAAGGCACCUCCGAGGACACAAUCAUAGAUUACUUGGGAUUUCUUUAUAAAUCUUGUAUAAAUAAAAUUAAAUGUGCUAUAGAUACCUCCUCUCAAAGUGAAUGUACUGGAGAGUAAAUUGACCAUAUAUUUCAGCUGCUUUGAAAAUGCCAAAAUCAAUAAGAUGUGAUUAGAGGU